CAAUCAAGAUUCAAGAGAUCUGUCAACCCGGGCAUGUAAUAUGAAAUAUCAGCUGUCGAGUGUCAUGAAUUCUUAUUUUUAUUUACAAUGUUAGGGUUUUCAUAGAUGGAAAUAACUUAAGUUUUGAGAUUUUUAAAACGUAUUUCUCAUAAUGAAGAAGUAUAAACCUAUAGAAGAAGAUGUUGUGAAGUGUAGCGUGUGACGUAAUGGCUUUAUUAGAAAAGAUCUUUGUUACAAGAUAUCGAAAACAAAACAAUGACAAUCAGAACUUACGAAGCAGAUCUUGUGAAGGAGCUAUAGAGCAAGUGCGUUUACUGCUAUAUAAAGAGUGUGAAAAGAGAGGGAAAAAAGUAUUAUUUGAUUCAUCAACAAUAGAGAAAUUAUCAGCGAAUAAAAAUGACAAACCUGAAAGUGGCACUAUUCCCUGCAUUUUGGAAGUGUCAGAGGGCCACACAUAUUUGUAUAAAGGCCCAGCAAGUGAUGCGGGCGUACUCGGUGAGAUGAUGUUCGGAGCUGUGGCCAUGAACUGCAAGAGUGUCUCAUUGAAAAUUCACAUCAUGGAUGACCCUAAAAGGCUGAUGUGUACAAAGAUAUUCUGUGUACCAACAACAAGGAAAACAAGUCGUGGCAAGUCGGAUAUAAAUGGAAAUAUAAGUGAUAUAAAUUCUUCUUUGCCAUUAAAUGUACCAACGAAGGAAGGGUCCUUGAGCUUCUCAAUUGAUCGUGGUGAUUCAGGUUUCUAUGGCGAUCAGUCUUCAUACAGCACAAUGGGGUCGAACAUAGAUUUCUAUCCCGUAAUGGAAAAUUGGGAUGAAAACCAAGAAUAUUCGUUUUCAUCAUCCAGCUUGCUCAGCUCAAGUGUUAGCUUGCGCAGGCGCACGUCACAAAGUCUAGCGACGCGAUUUGAUCUCUCUACGUCACUACGGAUGCCCACCAUUUCCACGAUUUCCACUGAUUCACAGGUAUACACCAAUAGUUCAAGUGGGACGAAUGAGAACCUGGCUUUGUGUCCGCCACCUAAAAGACGGAAACUGGGCCUCGCGUUGUUGAUCACAGUAUCUCAGACUGCUGAUGUGGACGUAAUUCGACGCUGUGUGGAGCAUUCAAACCAGCUCCAAUCCUUGGUGUGCCGACUGCGGCUGGCUACUUUUAGGGCUGGAUCUGGGAACAAAUUCGUUUCGACAUUGUAUAAGGCCACUGAAGACGCCGCGAGAUGGUUGUCGGAUCUAAUGUAUGGUGUACGAUUGCAGCCACUAUGGUCAAAUCAGGUUACCAGUGACCCGAGGCAGUCAAAUAAAAUCGCUGAGAGCAUUAUGUCAGAUCUCUGUUCGGUGAUCGCCUUUGGAGACACGAAGAACACUAAUUUUUUCAUCAGCACCUUACUAACGCACGUGCUAACACAUCAUCUCGGCUGGGUGACUACAGUGAGCCCUUACGAUGCUGUCGAUCCCACAAAACUUUCCAAAUGGGAUUCCAAAAGACCGUAUAACGCGUUAUGGGCACAAUUAGGAGACCUCUGUGGAAGCAUUGGCUUCCCCCCUCGAACUGCAAGGACUAUUGUGGCGGGUUCUACAAACACACAGUUUAUCAAUAGACUCUUAAGUGUUCUUACUUACUUCGUGAGAUGCGGUGAUGUGAAACGAAACGAUUUUCUAUAUCAAGACUGUGAACAAAGUUGUAAAGUUACGUUAGUUGACUCUCGGACUUUUGAAACCGAAGUUUCAAGUAAAGUGCGUUGUGUGAAUGAUAAUGAUGAAAACUUAGCAGUGAAAACAACAAGCGAUAGUCGGUUGGGUGUCACAGAUGGUCUUAAAAAAUCUACAACACUCACUAAUUUAAGUCAAAAGCUCUCUAACCCAGAAACCAGUACAAAGAAUGAGGCGGGCCAUAUGCGAAGAAAUCCAUCAAUCAUGAUCGCUUUGGGUGGGUCGACAGAUUCGAGUCAAAAAUCUUCGUUAACAGAGGAAAGUGAACUCGAAAAGAAAGUCGUUUUUGUGCUAGGAGACGAUGAAAAAUUAGUAGGCUUGAAGAAUAAAUCGGUUGACGGGAAGAGUGUGAAGAGAUCGUCCAAAGUGCACAACGAACCAGUCAAUGUAGACCUUCCAGACAAAUUGAAUUGUGAUCUAAGUUGCGAGAAGAAACCACAAGACGGUUCAUCCAAAUGCUGCAGCCUAACACUUGAACAUUCCAAACCCAUUAAACAUUCCGGUUUUAAGUUUGAGUUCGAUAAGUAUCCUCAAAUCGUGACCAACUACAUGAAGAGCAAGAACUUGGAGAUUUUAGAUAGACAUUAUAUAGGCAAGCCGGGAAACCUGAAGUUGGACAAUUUCCAGUUUGACCCUACAAUAAUCCCGCCCAUACAGGAAGAGAGAUGCGAGACUUGCUACAAGUGCCAGAUGAUGGAAUCUGUACUGCAGACACCCACUAACGCCUCUGAAAUGGAGUACAUGAACGAUAUGCCCCGACAGGAACCCCAAUACGCAAAGGAAACGGUCACACAGGAGAGUCAGCGAGAGAUGUCCCCAAAAACAUUUGUUCGGAAAAGAAAAGAAAACACUGUCAUUAUAAACGUUAAGCAAAACGAAGAAGCACAGAAGGAAUCAAGAAGCCAGGAAAACGCGAGCUUAACAUUGCCUAACACAAAGGAAUCUCCACAAAGCAAACUGCAGACCAGAUUGAUUUCUGCGAAGGUUCCACGUGCAAAAAAAGAAAGAGUGGAUGUGAGACAAGUCAUAGAGUUCCCACUUCCUGUUAUAAAUUUAGUGAACAAACUGAACACUGGUUUUGAUGUGUCCCUUCUUGGUGGAGUCACAGAUCAUUAUGUACCUGAUUUAGUUUUACAAGGGACUCUAGCGAAUCCCAAAGUCUGGGAAGCUGAAUUGCGGAGGGACCUAGACCUGACUUUGUACCUGAAUAAGACUUUAGACUCGCCGAUGCAAGCGGUGGCUAUAGUCGGUGAUACUAACAAUUGGGAAGUGCGUAUAUUAGGUAGGGAUUGUGGUUGCGGAGGUUUAUCACCACUGGUGGGCGGAAUGUUGGAUGCGAUACCCGCAAUGCGCAUGGCAAGGGUACCCGCACAUCAGUGUCUCCUCUUCCUUGAGAGUAAACUUCGGGAAUUCUGUGUUUUGUCCAAAACCCUCGCAGAUAUGCUGAUGUCGACCGACUUUUGUGACAUCAGUACUCUCACCAGAUCACUCAACAUUGAUGUUAAUGAUGUACCGUUAUUGUUGGCUGUGGCGAGUACGCAUACGCCACAAGUGGCUACGCGAUAUGGAAUCACGUAUAGGUAGUUGGCUCAUGGCUUGAAAUUGAAUUGAAACAUAAACGUGUUUAUGACGCGGUAAUUAAGAAAAUCAACUUGAAACUAAUUUCAAGAGCUGUCAAUAAUUUUGAUUUGACAGUUUCAAGAAUUGAUUGAUUGAGCUGAGAUACGAAUGAGGCUUAGUGAAUUAGGUCCUGGGUUCGAUUACCAUGAGAUUUCGGAUAAAGCUUAAAAUUAUUACUGCAACGAACGUGUAAUGUGCGCCCCAUCGGUUUUUUGGGUAGAUGAUAUUUAAAAGUAGUGGCUUAAAAAGUCGUAGCACAAAUUCACAAUUUGUAUAUAAUGAAAGCAUUUUCUCUUUAGUAUUAAGAUUAUGUAAUCUGUGAUUUCUUCAGCAUAAUGAGAUAUUUUUUAUCUGUGGUAAUACUGGUCAUAGUAUAGACGUAUGUGCAAUAUUGGUGAACAAUACUCAAAAUUUGGUGCGUAAUCAAAAUUUAUAUAUUUAUUAUUACAUAUUUAUAUACAUAUAUAAAAUAUAUUGAGAGAUUUUCUGUUAGUCGGUUACACAAUCUUAAAUGUAUGUUAAAUUAUUUGAUACUAUUUCAUUUUGGUCUAUAUGUAGUAUUUAUAGGGAUUUUUCGUUCUUGCAAACCAAUGAUUGUUAUUAGAAAUUAAAUAUAUAUAUAAAAUCUAUCAAUUGUAAAAAAAUAUAGAAUAAGAAAUUUAAAAUAUUUUAUCUGUAUUAGCAGCGAGCAUAGAUUAUUAACAUAGAAUGGAACUGAAGGUGACGUAAACAAGAACGAGAUGGCGCUUACUUGAUUAUCGAAUAGAAAAAAAUAUUAUAUUUAGUCACAAAUUUAACUAAUUAUACAUUUAAAGUCCUAACUUAUCUAACCAUUUCAAAUACAAAGGCUUAUGUCUUGGACUUUCAGUUCCAUCAAUAAGCUUCUCGGCAAGUAAGUUGCCAAGAAUUAGCGCUGUAGCCUCUUCUAUAUUUAAUUUAUGAAAACUAAUCUUCAUAUUUGAUCAGUAUAUUUUCAAUGUUUUCAAAAAAUUUUGGUCAUAAGUCAAAAUUAAAAAUAAAAUGGCGCAAUUUCUAUAGACUAUGACAUAUUUUACUUUUAUGCCGCGAUGAUUGACAGUUGACAUUAGUAAAUGUACUUUUAUCUCAAAUUUAAAAAAAAUAAGACAAAAUACGUAAUUAUCUAGUUUUUAAUUAUUGAAAUACUUAUUAUAUAAUUCUUAUAGAUUUAUCUCGCAAAAUCUUGUCAAGUUAUGUGCCGAGACAGUACAGCCAUCUUUCAACUUCUCUUUCCUGAUUUCUUCUCUCUCACAAAAAUCUUUAAGAUAUUUAUACUAUUACAAAUGUUUAAGCUAGUCUAGUAAAUCACCGUCUAUUCACAAAAACCCUAAAUGAAAAUUAUGUGAUGUAAUAAUUUUUAUACUUAGUUAUUGAAUAAAUUAUUUUUCUUAUUAAAA